AUGUUGGCACUCGAAUAUUUCUAUUUCAGUUUAUUCUCUGCGAUAUUCGGAGUGUUUAUAUUGUAUCUGUUGUUCUUCUCGUCGUUGACACUAGGAUUCAUCAUUUCGAAAUGUAUAUCUGCAUUCCUCUUACCACGUGGAACCUUCAUUAGAAUCAAUUCUAUUCACAUCUCAUUGCUAUCUGGCAAGGUAAUUUUCAAAGGUUUGAAAUUCGCCACAAAGAAUACAACUCUUCGCGUUGUCGAGGGUGUUAUAACAUUCCGUUAUUGGCGUAAACAAACAAGACAAUCAAUUUAUAUAAAUGAAGGUUUAGAGUAUUUAAUAUAUAAUAAUAGUUAUCGAUAUGAUCAUAUAGAGAGUGUUAUCAAUCGUAGAAAUGGAAAUAACAACAAUGUAAAUGUAAAUGUUGGCGGUGUCAAUGUGAAUGUCAAUGGAGUUGGUGUUGCAGUUAACAGUAACAAUGGUAGUGGAAAUGGUGGAUUGAAUUCAUCGAAUACAAGUAACAAUAGUAAUACAAACAAAGAUAUUGUUGAUGAACUGAUGCGUCUACCAGCAGUAAAAGAUUAUGUAAUACCUAGAUUCUAUCGUUUGUUCUCUGCUUCUUCACUCUCGAUUCGCAAAGGCUGUCUCAUGGUUAGCAACCCAGAGUUACCGACCAUCUUAGUGAUGCUAUUUGACAAAGCAUCGGGAAUAUAUACAACUGAUUCAGCAAGAAUACCAGAGUUGGAUUACUACCGACAAAUCACAACGAUGGAUAUCACCAAUACAAAGAUGUCGUUGAUUCCCAACAAAGAUUAUAAUGGUGAAGAAGAGCUAUAUGUUGAACGUCAACAAAAAGAAGAUUUUGUUUCAUAUGCGUUUGAAAGUUUUAAAUCUGUUUUCAAGGAUUUUAGAUUCACUUUUAUUAGUGCCGAUGAGGAUUUGGAGACGAGUAACUUACCGAGAAGAAAAGGUGUUUCCAAUGAUGGAAGUGACGACCAAUCCACUAUUACUUUCGAUUAUGGAAAGCAUCAGACUAUUCUGACUUCUCCGCAGGUGCAUAUUCAGUAUUAUUGCGAUAUACCCGGACCUGUUCCCAACACGCCGGAACACACAACCGGUGCCUUCAAAGAGUUUCUAGCUCCACAGUGGGGUGUCGAUAUCAACUUUCAAUCGUCGACUCUCAUUGUCUACGGACCGUGGGCAGACAGAAACCGUGCGCUGCUUCAUCGAUUCUUCUUCCCCGUCGACUACGAGACACCGCCCGUCUACAGGCCAGUUGCUGGCGAGCAACGACCGUAUGCAUCGUUCAACGUACUGAUAAACUUUGCCAAGAAUUCAACGUUCCGUAUUCCAUUCCGUGAGCCGUCGAAAGAUGCGAAUCUGACACUCGAGGAGCUGCAAGCUCGUAAGCCGGCGUGGGUCGAUAUCAAGAUGGAGGACAACUCCACGUUGAAUAUCAUAUCGCCACUCACCACGGUAAAGUCUACCGGCUCUACAAUGAUAAUGAAUGCGAUUCUCAAUCGUUGUAACAUCUCGACGUCUGUCACAAACACACAGCUACUCUAUGCGAAUUGUUUCAAGAUGUUUUGUAAUGUCGAUUAUCCUCUGGUGUGGAAUCACCUCACCGAGUGGCGUUGUAGCUUCAACAUCGAUUCGCCACAGAUCUUCUUGCUGUCCGACCACAUAGCGCUACUGAAAGAUCUCGGUAGCGAUUGGUCGGCUGGCGAACCCGUAGACAUCACAAUGUUUGUGCCGCGAAAAUUCAACUUUGAUUUCAUCCUCUCGAAUUUCAAGCUGUUUUGCAAUGUCAAUGAACAAAACAUUAUCAAUCAACCAAACAAUCUCGAUGAGAACGCACACUUUGUAUUUACAGGUCCGCAGCUGAAAGCCAAUUUGCUGUUGCCAUAUAUUGCUUUCCAAUCGCCAAAGACUGAGAUCACCUUUAAUGUUGCCGUGACCAAACUGGCGCUGAAACUGAUACUCCCGCUCUACAACACGAUUCGUCAGCAUCUCGAAGACAUCGAAGUCGAUCCCUACUCGGAAUCACUCGAUACCAGCAUUGGCUCGAUUGAUCCCAACUAUCUCGAAGGAUCGUCACAGUUUAUCACGUCGGACGAGUUCACACUGGCCGGUAAAUAUCUUUACUACCAAAAGGUCGAUCCUUCCUAUUUGGAUUCGGUGGUUCUCAACAUCCACGGAAAGAAUCCAUCCGUCAAACUGUUUGGUUUCUACGUUCGUUACUUUUUGUUCUUAAAGAACAAUUUCUUUGGAUACACAUCGCAUAUUAUCAAUCUCGAGAAAUACAAAGAUAAUAUUGCCAAACAGAAAGAACAACAGCAGCAGCAGCAACAAGAAGAUACGGCUGCUUCUCAAGUCAACGAUGAAAAAGAUAUGUCGAAUGGCUUGGAAAUCUAUGUUAGUUUGUCGCUGGAAGAUGCAACUGUAUUCUUUCCACUUGGAUUGUAUAGUUCUCAACAGCAGGCAACAGUUGGAUUGCAUGAAUUCCUGUUGGAGAUUCGAUAUCUACCAACCUAUUUGGAUCUCUAUGCGGAUUUCAGUCCUCUCGUACUUAAUAUUCCGGUUACCGAAGAGGAACUUGCUGUUGAGGAAGCAGCAGCACGCGAUACUCUGGCGCGAUACAUCCAGAUCAAUGACUUUACAUUCAAGCUUCACUUCCUGUAUGGUCCUCAACCUCUACAGGCCAACUAUGCAGACUUUGUAGAUAUCCAUAUUGGAACGAUAAGUGGACAUGUCUUGGUCAGUCAGAUCACAUCGAUGGGUAUCUGGUCGGAGAACUUCUUCUUCCAUCUUCUCAACAAGGACAAUGCACUCUCCACCAAGUUGGCAACAACAAUCGAACCUGUCUACUCAAUCUUGAAAUUCACAGUCAACACAAUCUCACUGUAUCUUUACUCUUCAGAGAAUAUCUCAGAGAUUAGACUGCCAUCCGGUAUCUUGAUGCACAGCAACUCUCUGAUUGACCAAUUGUCACACGAGAAGUUUGCCAUUGAAAUACCAGAGUUUUCAUUCAAGAGUUUGGUUCCAUGUGUAAAUAGUAAUAGCAAACAACAGCAACAGAAUCUUAAUUUGAAAAUCAAUCAGAAUAUCAAUAGUAAUCAAAACAAAAAGAAGAAAUGGGCAGAGGUUGGUGAGUUGAAAAUCAGUGCCAAUCUGAGUAUCUACAACAAAGAACCGAAUUGGCAGUUGGAUUCAGAGAGACAACGUGAGUUCCUUUUGAAACAUGAUGCUGAGAGUCGACUGCUUUCUUUCCUUUGGCUAGACGACGACGAUGAGCUGGAUGACAAUGACUUUGUCAUUCCUUCGAUCUUUAGUGGUCUGCAAUACACUGCCAACACUCCGAGAAAGUCACAGUCGCAAACCACCGUCACUUCGCUUUCGCCAUUUACAUUUUCACCACAACAACAACAGUUGCCGACUCCCAAGAUUGGAUCGAUGCAAUCGACACCGAAGCAGCAGCAACAACAGUCGUCGUUUCUCUAUCCAACUGGAAGCAGUGCCGCUCACCACAUCUUAAAGUGGACAACCAAUUCGCCACAGUACGAUUCAUACUUUUCCAGUAGCACAACAAGCAUUGGACAACAUAUGAAAUCUAGUCGUUCCAAUUUGGAUGUCAGUAAAGACUUGGAUACAGAUGCCGGUCCCUCUAUUCUCGACAACGACUCGCAGGACGACUCUGACUUUAGAACACCUGAGUCAUCCAUCAAGGAUAGCGACGACGAUGACGAUCAAGUCGAAGAUGUCUUUGCUUCCAGUCAUGAUGAUUCUCUCUAUCAUACUUCCAACUCUGUAUUCCCACCUUUCCCAACCACCCCUGGUGGCUUACACCCCUCCACCAACAGCUCCAACCCACUGCGAGCAUCGGCAGCUUCGCCAAUGCGAGUAUCUUGCAGUACCAACAACCUAAAGAAUAUCCUUCAAUCCAAAUUAGAUACAAAUGCAAACAAGCUGGAUGAUAUUCAAGAGGAACCUUCCACUUCAAACAAUAACCACAACAUCAAUACCAACAACAAUAACACCAAUGUCAAUCAUAAUAAUAUGGACUAUGGUCAACAGGACAAAAACAAUCAUAUCAAUCCACAGAUCUCUGCUCUGAGACAUCAUUUGAGGAACUAUUUCUUCAACCUUUCACAAGCUCGUAUGGAUGCAUUCGGUUCAACUUCUCGAGCAAGUUCUUUUGUUGAGGUGACAAACAGCAAGAGGCUUCGUACCUCAUCGUCGUUUAUCGGUCGACCAACAAUAGACCCUGACAAUCCUCACGGUUCAAUACACUCUGUGUCAGGCGAAGAGUCCUCAUCGUUUGUAAAGUAUAUUCAGUCGCGUGGUGCUCUUCCACCGAUUCCCAAGCGUUCACCCAACCACAAGUUGUCAGUGAAAUAUGGCAAUCGUCGUCCUUCCAGUGUUGGAAAGAGUAAUAAUAACAAUAUGAAUGGUCCAGCAGAUCCACACGCUGACCAGACCGCCACUACAUCGAUAGUGGUAGAUAUCAUGAGAGAUAUCGAACUGUUUGCCACUCCGGUCAUUAUCACCAUCCUCGAAGAACUGGUGGAGUCGUUCAUCGCCAAGGAUCCAUCGAUCGACUACAUGCUUGACAACUUCCAACUCCGAACGAUCUCUGAGCAGUUUAAAGUGAAGAAAUACCUUCACAAUAAGAUUAGAUUGACUCUAUCGCUGCACAAGUUCAACCUCCAUUGGACACAAGCACUGACACUCAACAAACAGCCGGCCAUUCCUUACACAACCGAACUUGAGAUGCAAGAACUCCAAGUGUUUAUGAGUGUUUGCCAACAACAGUCACAUCGUUCGCCGGCCUCUGAUUCACUUGGUACUCAUUCCUCUACGACAAUGCUGAUUGCUCACGAGGAGUUUUGUGGAUUCGAAACAUCACUCACUAUCAAGUCGAUCCACGGAUGUAUUCGCGCCAACACCACUGGACAUAGUCUGCCAGCCGAUCUCAUGGCGAAAUAUCACAAUAACUCCAAUCACCAUUCCUCAAAUACAAACAAACAGCAACAGCAACAACGUAUUAUCGUAUCGAUAGGUAGUGAUAAUAUCGAUAUCAAAGAGAUCAUCGGUGACGAAGCGUUGAUCCAUCGCUUGGGAUGGAGCGAUAUCUCAAAGCUGAGACAUUUCCUGCAAUUUGCAGAGCGUCCCCAUCUCGAUGAGAUUGUCGCCGACGUCCGACUGGAAGCGCAGUACGACGCCUACCAAGCAUUCCAAGAGCUAAUCAAUGAGAUCUACGAGAUUGACGAAGGUGGUGACCUCAUCCACUUGUUCCAGAGUCCACUAAUCAAAACAGUGUUUAUUCCGCCCGCUGGAAAGAGCGCUGCAUUCGAUUUGAAUCUACAGUUUUCAUUCGCUGGAAUUGUUGCGGCGGUUGUCACCGAGAAGAUAAACUCUUCGAAUCAAUUGUCGAUUGGUACCGUUGCUGGAGGUGCGCUUGCAACCUACAUCUACGAGUCGACGACCGAUGGAGCUGUCGUUAUAAACAGAGCAGUUCCGAAGUCGGCAUUCGAUUUCAACUUUUUCGCCAGUUGUGAAAAGGUUUCACUCAAAGUAUCGCCGGAUCUCAUCACAUUCGUUGAGUUGACAACACACGAAGUUCUCUCAACCAAACUGGAUGUGCUCAGAGGCGAGGAAUUGAUUCUCGGUUCUCACGAGUGGAAAGAAGCUAUCAAACCAAAGCAAUCAUCAAUGGAAGUGCAACAAGAUCAAUCAUCUAAACAUCAUGCAAGUGGAAGUAAUACUAGCAACAUAACUACUAGUCCAACAAGUACUACAACAACUACCAAACACAAGACAACAGCAAGUUCACCCAAUCUAAAUUCAGCUAGAUUACAAACUGCUAUUGCCAAUGCAAAAGAACAACAAGCUAAUAGUAACAAUAUCAAUAAUAACAAUAAUAAUAAUAAUAACAAUAAGCCAGUUAAUAAGAAUAAGAUUAUUUAUCAAAAUCAGAAUCAUUCUAUAUUGACAAUUACAGUUCAUGGUCAUUUCUCAUUCAAAGAGAUCAAUUGUCGUGCUUUCACAGAGAAUGAUGGUGUUAUGAAGAUGGUUCUCAAGAAUCUUUCGUUUGUCUUUAAUGAAUUUGGUAAUAGUACUUCAAAGUCAAAGAAGGCUGCCAGUGAAUCUAGACCGAACGGUGAUUAUAUCCAUAUGGUUCAUUCUUGUAUUUUCUCUAUUCCAGAGAUACAAUUCCAAUUGUUGGAUCAGUCAUCUAUCAACCAGACAAAGAAGACUAAACCACAAAACAUUGGUACUCCAACUUCUAGCAAUACAUCAUCUCCAACUUCCACCUCCACUUCAGCUGCAGCCGCAGGAACUACAAACUUUAUCAAGCCAAUCAUUGAACUAACACUUCAGAAUUUAAUGUUCAACGAAGUGCUUUUCAAGAUUGGCAAGAAAAAGACAAGACACAACUCAUCGGGAAAGCGAGAGGACUACAUUGAAUUUUCAUUCAAAUAUGAUCUGAUGAUGACAUUUAGCAAGGCCGAUCUUCCAUUCAAGAUGUCACAUCGAUUCCUUCCGAAACUAAAGGAUUUCCUUAAGGCUUGGACACCUCCCGACCAAAUGAAACCGACUCCAUCUGCACCCGCCACAACCUCCAGUGGUGCCAAGAAGAAUGUCAAUCCAAAUCCACCGACUGGAUCCACAAGUUUCGAUUUGAAGAGUAUCAAAUUCCCUCCCAUCAGAAUCAAGCUGGAUCUUCAAGAUAUCAUCUUGUCAACCGAUGUAAUCUCAUCGUUGCCAGUCAAGUAUCAUAUAUCGAGAAUCACAGCAUCGCUCAGUCAGUUCACCCCGACCGAGUUGGAAUUCAACGUGCAGCUACAUCAACAUCAAAUUGUAUUCUUGACAAAUAGCAACGGCAACCACAACGGCAACCACAACGGCACUACCAACCAUAAGCCAAAAGGUUUGACCGAUAGCAACAAUAUGGGUGCCACUCUCACCAAGGAUCCAUUCAUGUUGCCAAGAAUCAAAGCAUUUGGUUUGCUCAAGACCGGAUCUGGUUUGGUAAGCAACGACCGACCUUCGUUGACCGCCAACUUGGAGAUUGGAUUCAUCCAGAAUGCACUCUCAAUUGAACUCCUUGAGAAUAUCUUGGUAUUGCGUACCACCCUCUCUAAGGAGAUAGACGAUCUUCUCGAUGCCUAUAUCAACUAUGCCGAGAAGAAACAAGGCGGUGUUGGCAAUACCAAUCACAUCAACACGAACAAUUGCUCCACAACAAACUCUAGAAUGCCACCAAUUCUCCAAGACAUUAACUAUAAUUUCAGUUUUGUGUUGCGCGGAGUUGAAAUACUGUUUGUCAAUUCCAAGUCAUCGUUGUUACUCUCCACUGGUGUCAUUGAUGUUAGACUCUCAGAUCAUCUCACUCAAUUCAACAACCAAAUUAUCAAUAAUAACAAUGAGUUCAAUUGGCGUGUUGGACUGCGAGGAAUGUCUUUGAUUCUUUCCGAUCCCAACGUUGCACUGGAACCACCUGUCGGUACAGGUUCUCGUCUCCACAGCAUCCGUACUCAAAUAUGGGCAGGUGUGUUCACUGACAUCGUGUUACAAUCGUUCCCAUUCACCAAUAACAUGAGAACAACCAGCCAGACCCGUCAAGUCAUUCCAGUGCAAAUCGCUGCUUCCACAGCCAACAAGACCAGUCCAUUGGAAAACGUGUGGAUCGUCAUUAGCAAGACGAUUGUCACUCUCCAACCAUGGGCAAUCGACAAAGCAACCGAUCUCUAUCUAUUCUACUUGACAGCCUACAAGAAUACCUCUUCGAAGCUGGCAAAGAUUCCCAAUGCCGUUCCGCAAGUCAAGCGUGCACUCAACCACAUGGAAUUGCCAUCUGCCUUGCCGAUUCGUGAGACAAACCUUUCGUUGCAUCUCAAGAUUGUUGAUACCUCUCUUUGUAUCCCUCUCAAUGAGCAAAAGAAGGGAUCGACUUCCUCUGCUCUGGUUGUCGGACUUGGUUCCUUCACACUCUAUGGUGUGGCCAUCAAACAACCAAUGCUCCAACCUCUUAAGAGCAAGCAGAAAUCCUCAAGCAUGCUUACCAAUCCUAUAAAAGUGAUUGGUGAUUGUAAAUUCUCAAAGUUCUCUUUACAAUUUGUCGAUAACUAUCACCCUUCAAAGCUUCACUCUAUCCAUGUAUUACCGGCUGUAAAUCGUGCUGUCAUUGACAAUGGAGAUUGUCAAAUUGUCAUGGUUCUCCAAUCUCAAUUGGUACAAUGUAUGGUUCAAUUGAAAACCUCUGGUCUAUUCCUACAUCUAGAUACCAACUUACUCUACUACAUCGUCGCAUUCCAAGAUCUCAUUCUUCUCGGACAAGAAAAGAUAAAGAAUAUCUCUGGUGACAGUGUGAAUGGUAAUUCAUCUGGAGGUAGUAGUCAAUCGUCCCAAUCUUCUUCUGUUUCCAACAACAACAACAAUAACAACAAUAAUAAUAAUAAUCAGCAGACAAAUCAACCUUCUAAUCAUAGGUUAGAGAUUGAGUUCACUUUAAAGACAACCACUGGUGAGGCGCGUCUUACCAAACAUGCCAGCUCUUCAGAUGACCAAGACGACAGAGAAUUCUCACAGGAGAACUCACCAAUGAUGGAUAGUUUCGACAAGAAUGCCGCUACCUUUGCCAAUACCAAAGACUUUGAUCAAUAUCAAGAGUGUUUCCCACUUCCCCCAAUCUUGAUCUCAACUAACCAUGUCUUGACUCCUGCUACGCCGUCCAGCCCCAAGUCGAAAUCAGAGACCAAUAUCAUGUUGUAUCUAGACUCACAGGAAAUCAAGUUGACACCAUUCUUUACUCAUUUCCUCUAUGACCUCAUUCACAACGCUCCUCAAUCUAGUUAUACAGCACAGUUCAAUGACGAUGUCAAGCAUACCAAUGGUGAACAAACAUCGGAGAAAGAGAAGGAUAGCAAUGAUAACAGUGGUACAAUUACGACUCCUGGUUCUGUUACUUGCACUAUUAGAAUUAGUCCAACCAAAGUACUGCUGAAUGGAGUCGAUCAGAUUCUGGCAAUCGUGGAAAUCGGUACACUCGAUAUCUUCUUGUCAUCGAUUAUCAAAUCGACUGCAGCAAACAAACGUGUCUUGUUGAUGAACGGAACAUUGUUUAUGAAUAACAUGAUGUUCAAGAUUAUGCAUUCCAAUAGCCUUGAUGAACGGCUCGGUAUGAUCAUGAGAAGUCUACAAAUCAACAUUGGAACCGCUCACGGUAUUACAGAAGAUGGACCUGUAGUCUCUGUUCUACUGAAUGUCGAAACCGCACAUGGAUUCUUCAACAGCAAAUAUCUCGAUGAAAUAAUCAUUCUCAUUAGCGCAUGGGUACCACGUUCAAAUAAGAAAAUCAUCGUAACACCUCCACCUUCGCCACUUAAAAAGCGACAACAACAAAAGCAAAUUCAACAAUCUCCAUCUCAACUAAAGAAAAAUAAACCACAAUAUUAUAUUACUUUGAAACUUGGAUCACUUGGAAUGGAUAUUGAUUUCCUUCCAAUUAGUAGGUCGAAUAUGUUGAUCAAUAGUAUUUGUGCUGUAUUCUCGCCAUCUGAAGAGGAAGGAGUAAGUGGUUCACUGUUCUAUACUAGUUUGUACACUGGUCCAAUCUCCAUGUUGUGUCACGGUAAACUGGAAGGAAAUAUCGAGCUCGAAGGUGUUGCACUUGUUGGCGAGCGUAAGCCCUACAGGAAACUAAAGUCCACCGUCAAGGAAAUCAAUAUGUGGACUGCCUACCUUUCACCCAUCAGAAUAUCAUUCGAUUUCAAUCAGUCUCAGAUUCUUGAACUACGUGCAGGUGACAUUCAUUUCCGUUUCUCAGAUCCACCCAUCAACGAAUCUAUUGUCAACGACACAAGAAACAUCAACACUGAAAUAUCUUGUGGAUCACUACAAGUCCAGUUGUCUUGUGAAACAAUCACCUCGAUCGUUGAGAUCAUCAAAAGAAUCAAUGAAAUCAUCAGUGAUAAAUUGUUGUCCGCCAAGAAACAUCUUCACGACGACCAAUUCCUCAGUCUCGGAGGAGGAGGAAGAGACGAUGUAAGUUCCACCGUGUCAUCUUCGAGUGCCGGCAAGAGUGGUGGUGGUGCCAAACAGAUUGUUAUUGGUCAGAUCAAAGCGAAAGGAAAGAAUCUUCAAAUCCUUCUCUUUGGAUACAGUAUCAAAGAUCCGACGUGGAUCAACUUCUCGUUGGAGAGCUAUCAAAUCACUCUCGACCAAAGCAAAAAGAAAGAAGAGAUUCACAGACAACUCUCCAUCCUCUUGGGACAGAAUCACAUCUCCAAGAUGUCGGAAGACAGUAUUCAGUCCGCUCCACAAUGGGCAAGAGAUCCAUUCUCGCGUGGCGCCAAUGAGACCAAGAUUGUCAAGAUUCCAGUGGCAAGUCUCAUUAUGUACACCACUGAACAUCCAAAUCGCACCAUUGAGUUCUACUAUCUCACGGAGUUCACUGACUCGAUUGCAAUCUCUGUCAACCUUUCGCUCUACAGUGAUAUCAGAGAGAUUGUUCAGACCUAUAUUAAAGCUGCCACCGAUCUGACACCGUCCUCACAAUCGGCUGCUUCCGCUACGCCACCGAUGCAUCUACACAAUGCUCCCGACAGUCCACUACUGAGUAGCGCAGCCAACGCCGAUAAACACUAUUUGGCAUCGAGUGUCGAAAAUACCAAGAUGGUUCACAACGUUAGCUUCAAUAACCUGGAACCUCUCUCUUCUAGUCUGCACCAACAUCCGAAACGCUCAGAUCGUUACAGUGUCAGCGGUGCAUAUCCUUCGAAACCGUUGAACUUUGCAGCGCCACCUCCUCCCGAGAAGAAAAGAGUGUUUUUGGAAAAGAAAUUCCAACUCUCGCCCACUCUCAAUGUACUUGGUGAUUUGACACCAAAGAUCACAACAGUUUUCGGAUGGCUCGGAAUCAAGGAUAUCAAUCAUACCAUUCCAUAUUACACUCACAUUGGUCUCAUCGAUAGUUUGGAAUCAGUACUCUUAUUGCUCAAGGAUUUCUCAACCACACUUAACAACAACAAUAGCAACUAUCCAGCACAAAUCCCAAGUAGUAACAAUAAUAACAAUGACGACACUAGUUCAACAAUAUCAACCAACACAACAACAACUACAACUACAACAAGCAAAAAGAAAUCUAAUAAAGAUUAG